UGAAACCUGGGGUGCCACUUUAUAGGGUCCAGAAUGCUAAGCACAGCAGGAAGACUUUUGUGAGAGUGCAAGGCUUUGCUUUACCCAAGACAUUUUUGGAAUCUUUGCGGGUUGGUAAUGAAUUUGGAGGUCUAUAGCUUCCCCAGUAUCAACCCUGGAAUCUCCCGUCACAUUCUUGGGAGUAGAAAGUACCCCCUCAGACUCUAAGAGGGAAUUAAACUCAAUCGAAAAUUGGGGAGUCUUUGCACAACUACCAGGGACACCAAACAGGAACCCUUCCCUGGAGCUGCUGGAACAAAACCCGGCAUCUGGGAAGCCUUUCCAACCUCCCACCUGAGGGCUAGAGGAACACCUGGAAAUUCCAGAAGUCUGGGGGGGGCGUUCUCCUUACCCAUUACCCAAACUAUGUUUCUUCGACGUCUGGGUGGUUGGCUGCCCAGUUCCCUGGGCCACCGAAAAGAACCCCUGCCUGACCCUGACUCUGUGAGAAACAGCUCUCCUGAGAAGUCAGGGAGUGAUUGGGACAGUGCUCCUGACACUGUGGGAGACCCAGGUCAACCUAAGGCUGGGGAUGCCAGGAGACAAAUGAAUAGAGGGAAUCCCCCUGAAUGGAGCAAGGGCUGUCCCAGCCAUGGAGAUCCUGAGAGACUGAGGGACAGAAGAAACUCCCCCAACCUGAGCAUUGAUGUGCCCCAUUGUGAGGAGUCCAGGUCACUGGAAGCUAGGAGAACGAUCUCCGUAAAUUCUAAAGACUCAAAGGGAGAAGUAGCUCUUAAACGUGGAACAAACUCCUCUAAUUCUGAGGCUCCUAUGGAGAAAAUAAGGCAUGACCAUGGGCUGCUGGGCUGGCUUCAGGGGGAAACAAAUAGAGGGUUGGGGGCCCACCCACAGUACUUGGGGGGUUCUGAGGAAUGGCUUCAGAUCUCCACCAAUCUGACCCUACACUUGCUGGAAUUGCUGGCUUCAGCCUUGCUCGGGCUAUGUUCCAAGCCCUUGCGCCUGGUUCUAGAUGCCUUAGGUCUUCGGGGGCCUUUGGGGCUUUGGCUGCAUGGACUUCUCUCCUUCCUUGUUACUCUCCAUGGACUUCAUAUGGCCCUUACUCUGCUCACUGCACACCCCUUCCACUUUGCCUGCCUGUUUGGCCUUCUGCAGGCCCUGGUACUGGUUGUCAGUCUCCGAGAGGGCACCCAGGUGCCGGAGGAGGAAAAGAAAUACAAAUGGGAGGGGGGGGAAGGAAGAGAUAGGGAGAAGGAAGAAGAGAUUAAAGGAUAGGAGGGAGUGUGACCAUGAUUAUAGGGUGCUGCCUUAGGAUUGAGGAACACAGGGACUUCAGGUAAAAGUCUCCAAGGUGGUACCAUAGAGACCCUCUCCACCCUGCAACAGGUUAGGGGUGUUAUCCUCUAAUUCAUCAGCUAUUGUCACUUUUUUCUUUAGUGUUAUUCUCUAUACCCCAGUGGGAAAAAAAAGUAUCACACCCCUUCCUCACCCCAUUUAUAAUGGAGAGUAAGGACAACAGUAACAGGACAGUGCUCUGGGUCCAAGAAGAGGGAGGGCAAAACAGAGGGUGGGAGGAGUGGGGAUCUAUUGGAUACUAGGAUUUUAGCCAUAAAUGCAUAAUGGGGAAGGAUGUCAGCAAAAAAAAAACAAAAAAACAAAAAAACAAACAAAAAAAAAAAACUGAUGGAUCAGAAAAGCAUAGGUUGAGGAGAGAAGAUGUGCUUGAAACUAGAGAGCCAAUUAAAAUGAAAGGAGAAGCACAAUGCUCCAGGAAACUCAGCAAAAAAGCCUUAAGACGCCACAACAAAGAUCUCUGGAAACACCCUUGGCCACCUUGGAUUUUUCAUUGUUGCACUGCACUGAUCUCCUAAAUAUACCACUACUGAAAGGGAAGUUAA